AUGGAUCCCAAAGGACUGUCUGAGCUAUUUACCAAAUUUGGAGAAGUGAAGGAUGUGUUUAUUGAAAACAAGAGAAGGAAAAUGACAAACACAAAAUUUGGGUUUGUCAGAUUUGACUGUUCAGUUGCAGCAAAGGUAGCAAUACAAAAAGAUAAUGGGUUAUGGAUCGAUGGCAAAGCCUUAGAAGUCAAAGAUGCAGAGUAUGGGAUGGACAGAGCAGAGAAGAAGAACCCAUUGCAGGACCAGUCAGGUAGAAGCAAUUUACCUGGUGUAGAUGGAUGGAAAGGCAAAAGCUCAAGUGGAAAGCAGAGAACUUAUGCUGAGAUGGUGAAAGGCAAGGAACCAUAUGAAGGAAGAAGCAUUAGCAUCAAAGCUAAUGAGAUAGGAAAUGGGUGGGCUCUAUGA